GUUUAUUGCAGGUGGCCCUUUGGGGCUCGGGCCACCCAAGGAGCCCCUCCCCAUCUUCCGCUGGGGCCUUUUCCGGAUUAGUGGUUCACUUGGAGAUUACAGUCCAAUGAGCGACUGACUAUGUAUCUGAUUCGGAUACAUAGUCUGUGGCAAACUACCGAUUGUUGCAGGCAGGUUUCGAACCGCGCCGGAACUCGCCUGUACUCGUCGCAGUGCGGUAUCGAAGUUAAAGGAAACAAAUGUCCUAAACCAAUAAAGACGUGGGCGCAGUGCGGUGUCGAAUUUAAGAUAUUGCAGCAGCUGAAGAAGCACAACUUCGCUAAACCUCCGCCGAUCCAAGCACAAGCAAUUCCUUGCAUUAUGGCCGGACCUGAUCUAAUUGGAGAGUUUGACAUCUGGGAAGCUUUGGAGCGGGCGCUGUUUCAUUACCGAUUUGGGAGAUGGCGACUUGAAUUCUACAAUUGCUAUCUGAUGACUCAGACAGUUUCGAAGGUGUUUGAGAAAACUUGCGCCGAAUAUGAUGAUGGCCGUAAAGCUAUAGAGGAUGGGCAAGAAGAGAUACGUCGUGAAAAAAUGCCCAAAACCGCACUGCGCAGCGAAGAAGAUGCUAGGAAAAAGAAGGAAAAUGCGCUGGGUACAAUUCAAAAAAUACCAUUCUAA